GGUAGGAAAUAUAAAUGUCAUUUCCAUGAGCUUUUGUCUGCAGGGUUUGGGGAGCUCAUGAAUCAAGGAUGCUUCCUGGGAGCUCACUGCAGAUGCCGAAGCCAAGGUUGGAGGGUAAGGUGGCCCUCGUCACCGGCGCUGCCAGUGGGAUCGGGGAAGAGACGGUGAGACUUUUCGUUGAAAACGGUGCCUUCGUAGUAGCAGCAGACGUUCAAGACGAACUGGGUCUUCAAGUCGCCGCCUCCAUAGGAUCAGACAGAGUGAGUUACCAUCACUGCGAUGUCAGAGAUGAACAGCAGGUGGAGGAAACAGUAAACUACGCUGUGCAAAAAUACGGAAGCUUAGAUAUCCUGUUCAGUAACGCUGGAAUACUUGGAUCGUUAUCCGGAAUCCUGGAUCUUGAUCUGAAUGAUUUCGACAGCACCGUGGCCACAAAUGUUCGUGGUGUGGCUGCGACGAUCAAACAUGCUGCUCGUACUAUGGUCGCAAGGAACAUCCGCGGAUCCAUCAUUUGCACCGCCAGCGUGGCAGCUUGUGUUGGAGGAACGGGGCCUCAUGCUUACACCAUAUCGAAGCAUGCUCUUGUUGGACUCGUACGGUCCGCAUGUAGUGAGCUUGGGGCUUAUGGGAUUAGAGUAAACUGUGUGUCCCCUUUUGGAGUUGCCACGCCUCUUGCAUGUUCGACCUUCAAUCUUGAACCCCAUCAAGUUGAGGCUAAUAGCUCUUCCCAGGCUAAUCUCAAGGGGAUUGUGUUAAAGGCAAGGCAUGUUGCAGAAGCAGCUUUGUUUCUUGCUUCUGAUGAUUCUGUUUACAUCAGUGGACACAACUUGGUGGUUGAUGGUGGCUUCUCUGUGGUUAAACAUAGUUUUUCUCCCAUCUGAUGCCUCCUAUUUUUGCUAUGGCGGCUAUGGCUUGCCCUGAAGCCUGUAAUUUAUUGCUCAUCAUUUUUCCUUUCAAUUCUCUUUCAAGUUGGGACCAAAUUGCCUUAAUUUGUGUUUCAGUCUCAAUCGUACGUCACUGCCACUUCUCAUGUGAACUUCUCCAAAAUAUUAAUGAAUACGUCAUGUCUCUCCUUUUCUAUUCCCCUCUUCACAAAUUCAACCAUCUUUAUUUUCUGCUACUCAUUUUACUUGGGUUUUAU